UAAUUUGCGCCUUUGCCAGGGCUCUAACUCUGCACUCUUACCACACAACCAAAACGGAAAGCUUUUUAAAGCGCGAGCGGAAGUCGCGCGGGUUGGUAUAUUUGUUCUCUCUUUCUUCGGCCUUAGAAACUCAUCGGUCUUGGACCGCGUCAACUGACGGAUUUGGUCGCGUGCGUCUACCGAUGGAUCGACUAUGUUUCCGAUGGUCACUCAUGCACGCCCGAACCCGUAGAUUGUAAGAUGCGGAUAAUACGACACGCUCCUACGCAGGCGCGUCAUAAUUCCCCGGAGUCCCCCGGCGAGAUCAGAGCAGGCCAGGAGGUCAGUCGCCGGUCAAACAGUCCCAGGGGUGAUGCCUUACGGUCCUCUCUGUUGAUCGAGGAGCAAGAUGGACUCGGACUGUGUCUUGAGAGAGAAGCUAGUGCCUUCGCAAUCCUUUGACUCGAGCGUCGAUUUGUCGUCGUGAAGUCCCGACUGGAGUAUAUAAGGCCCACCACUCUGCCCACUCUCUCCAGAGCCCGAAGCUGCUCGUAGAUCUGAAUCUGCAAUUCAGCGCUUGACAUCAACUUCCUCUCACUAUCUCAAGUACCUUGGCGUCGAUACAGAAGUCGAUUCCAGUCAAGUCGCUGGAUUGCAGAUUUCGGCAUUUUUCUCUUCAGUCGCCGUUUUUCUCUUCUGCUUCAGUCCUGAAUUGUCGAAUUCAAGGAAUAAAGAUUUCUUCUGAACUCUUCGGUUUUGCACCUUGGACUAUUCUGUUCGUUCGAUUCACCGACAAACCAUCUGGGCUCAGGACGCCCGGUUGACUCGGCAAUGGCCAGGAAAGGAAGGGGCCGUUUUCUCGGCAAACAACUUGGUGGUAAGAAACUUGGUGACCCUCAAGAAGAGGAAGAGGAUGUGGCAAUGUCCGACGGCGACCAACAAGAGUCGCUUGGAGAUGAAUCGAUUAAGUGGCAGAGCAAAGAUUGGGAAUGGCCAGCCUACAACGAGUCCUACAACUCGGACGGUGAGGUAAUAGAGCGAACCAGACGGAAAUCGAUCGGCGAGGAGGGGGAGAAGGAACCCUUCGAGGUGAUCUACUGCAUCAUGAAGCGAAUACCGUGGCCGGAACUCGUGCUCGUAGAAGUGCACUCGCCUCAUCUCCGGAAGGUUCUGUUCAAAUGCUGGCCCUCGAAGCAGAGAUUGCUCGCAGACCAGACCUUCAGCUUCAAGGGAAAAGACCUCUAUCUCAAACUGGACCAACUCAAGGCACUGCUAGAUCCAAAGCUGGCGGAAUCGAAGUCCGACGAACCUCUAUCGGCCGAGAGAAGCGAGCAAGUGCAGCUCCGCCAUCUGAUCCGGUUUCUCGAGCUCGAGUACUCCACGGCCGGCAAGGAGCACGAGCGCAUGAAAGCACAAGGUCGGGUAUCGUUCGACAUGUUGUGGACUUUCCUCGUUCCCGGAGUGAACGUCGUCUUCCGAAGCCCAUACACGGAAGACGACAUGUGCGGCAAGGUGAAGAAAGCCGUCUACAGACUGAACUAUGACUGUCCCCGCAGAAUGUGCCUCGCCGUCAAGCUCGAGGUGUACAAGUACGAUUGCAAAUCCUUCGACAGCGAGACCGAUUGGUCCGAAGUCGUCAUGUAUGGCGGCGAGAAGCCCUUCGGCAGCCUGCCAAUUUAUCCCUUCGGCUCGACUGCAGAGUCUCCCGAGAGCUUGGAGAAGCGAUUUCUGGCCCAGGGUGAUGCUUAUGGGCACCUGGCCACUUCCGUCAAGCAUCGGUACAUGCAGUACAAGGGGGCCAUGUUCAGGCAGGUGGUGAAUCAAAAUGGCCAGACACGGGUUGCGAAAGACUACCUCGAUGCGGGGAAGGUGAUGGUGGACCUGUACAGCUAUUGCCUGCUCGAGGGCACUAACUCUCUGGACAGCCCCCAGCUGCCGGCCGAGGUCUCUGAUGGCACUAUCUCGACCGUGGACAUCUCGCAGGACCCGAAUCGCAUGUACUCGCCGGGCUUCGUGCACGGGUUCUCGUUCCGUGUCAAAAGGUGGGGCACCUUCUCCAUCAGCGGAUUCAGCGAAAUCGUCUUCGAUGAGGGCAGGUCGUGGAAUCAGCUCGUCAUGAACCCGGUUCUCAAGGAGGUGACCGAGCAUCUGGUGUCCGAGCAUCUGAAGAAGUCGAGGGAGGAGGCUAACAAUAGUUCUCAUCACCAGGGCAUCGACCCCAUCGCCAAUAAGGGCGAGGGGUGUGUGAUCAUCUGCUAUGGUCCUCCCGGCACGGGGAAGACUCUCACCGCCGAGUCUUUAGCCGAGAAGCUGCGAGCUCCUCUGUGGUCUCUCAGCGUUUCCGAGCUGGGCCUGACGCCGGAAAUUCUCGAGGAUAAGCUCGUGUCGAUUUUGGAGGUGGCCAACUCUUGGCACACCAUCCUCCUCCUGGACGAGGCUGAUGUGUACCUGGAGAAACGGACUGUCUCCUCGGAUCUCACUCGCAAUGCUAUGACCGGCUUGUUUCUGCGAUACCUCGAGUACUACAAGGGAGUUCUGCUGCUCACCACGAACCGCAUUCUCACAUUCGACGAUGCGUUCCGAUCCCGAAUCUCCGUGUUCUUGCGCUACCCCAAAUUGACCACGGAUCAACGGCAGAUCAUCUGGACCAACCUGCUGAAACGAGCGCAAUUGGAAGGGGACGAGAGUGGCGUCCAGAAGCUGGUGCAUGACAUGGCUGGUUUAGAAUUGAAUGGGCGAGAGAUUCGGAACGCCAUCCAAAAUGCACAAACCUUGGCCCGACACGUCAAGGAACCUCUAACUUCCAAGCAUGUGAUGAAUGCAACUGGGGUCAUGGUAUCAUCUCUCGCUUCUCUCCAAGACGACUGACACUCACGUGCAUGAAGACUGAAUUGUGUACUGUACCCGCAUUCCCCACUCUUGAAAUUGGCUCUCUUUCAUCGUCCAUUCCUCAAAGAGAAUCCAUCUAAGUUCGCUUCUCCGACACCCAGCGUCCAGUAUAUUCAUGCGCUCAUGGCACUGGAUGGCUCGAACCCCAAUUUUUCGUCAUAGUUCAGAAAGGAUAGUUGGACUGCUGGGAUCGAGCUAGACAGAAGCUAGCGCAGUCCUGAGAGCCCAGAAUUUCAGGUCCAAUAUUCGUGGGGGCGAAGGCCUGGUUUUCCUGGGGCUAGUACACAGGAAAUUUUGGUAGUGAUUCGGACCACCAGCAAAAGCUAGUGUCCUUCAGACCGGGUUCUUUUGUCUUUAGGUCUAAGGAGUUGAGAGAGCUCCGGAGCAUCUCGCAUCCUUCACUGGGUUUCCUGUAGAAAGUCCUUAAUGCAGGUUUAAGGUUUGAAGAUUCGGAGAGUUUUUGGAUUAACAUGUACCGAAAGAGAAUAUUUUUGAAGUGUUCGCUUGAUUCCACA